AUGCUUUGUUUUAAAAUCAUUAUUGUAGGUGAUACUAAUGUUGGAAAAAGUUGUUUGCUAUUGUAGUUUACAGAUCUUAGAUUCAAAAAUACUCAUGAUACCACAAUUGGUAUAGGGUUUGGCUCUCGGGAGAUAAGAGUUAUGGAUCAAAAUGUGAAUCUACAUAUUUGGGACACUGCUGGAUAAGAAUCAUUUCGUUCUCUAACUCGGUCAUUCUAUAGGGGAGCAAUUGGAGGCAUUCUUGUCUUUGAUGUUACAAGCAGAUAAUCAUUUUAAGGAUUGGUUUAAUGGUAUGAGAAAAUAUAAAGUUACGCUUGCGAUGAGAUUGAACUGAUUAUAGUAGGAAAUAAAACAGACCUUGAAGAAUAGCGUCAAGUGUCUUAAAAGGAGGGAAUGCAGUUUGCAAAAUAGUAUAAUUUUGAGUAUUUCGAGACUUCUGCAAAGACUGGAUUAAAUGUGAAUUAGGUAUUUGAAAAUUUGAGUUGUAAAAUACUACAAAAGGUAAAUUCUGGAGAGAUUGAUCCUUGCAAAAAUUAUGGAAUUCAAUUAAGCAAAAAAGCGAAAUUGGCAAAAUAGGAAUGCAAAAUCCAAAAUACUAAAUAAGAUAAAUAAAAAAACAAUACUUGUUGCUGAAUUAUAUAUAUAAUAUAUUAAGUAAAUCAAUCUUGAGAA